CGAAUCACGUGGGUCCUCCCGGUUCCGGAGCGGUAGAGGCCUGAGGUGGUGAAAGAGUCUCCAGCACCAUGUCUGGUUUGUCUGGCCCACCAGCCCGGCGUGGCCCUCGUCCGUUGGCGUUGCUGCUUUUGUUCCUGCUCGGCCCCAGCUUGGUCCUCGCCAUCUCCUUCCAUCUGCCCAUUAACUCUCGCAAGUGCCUCCGUGAGGAGAUCCACAAGGACCUGCUAGUGACGGGCGCGUACGAGAUCUCCGACCAGUCUGGGGGCGCUGGCGGCCUGCGCAGCCACCUCAAGAUCACAGAUUCUGCUGGCCAUAUUCUCUACUCCAAAGAGGAUGCAACCAAGGGGAAAUUUGCCUUUACCACUGAAGAUUAUGACAUGUUUGAAGUAUGUUUUGAGAGCAAGGGAACAGGGCGGAUACCUGACCAACUCGUGAUCCUAGACAUGAAGCAUGGAGUGGAGGCGAAAAAUUACGAAGAGAUUGCAAAAGUUGAGAAGCUCAAACCAUUAGAGGUGGAGCUGCGACGCCUAGAAGACCUUUCAGAAUCUAUUGUUAAUGAUUUUGCCUACAUGAAGAAGAGAGAAGAGGAGAUGCGUGAUACCAAUGAGUCAACAAACACUCGGGUCCUAUACUUCAGCAUCUUUUCAAUGUUCUGCCUCAUUGGACUAGCCACCUGGCAGGUCUUCUACCUGCGACGCUUCUUCAAGGCCAAGAAGUUGAUUGAGUAAUGAAUGACUGAGGCACAUCUUCUCCCACCUUGUACCUCAGCCAGCAGAACAUCGCUGGGACGUAUCUGGCCUAAGGCAUCCUACCAAUAGCACCAUCAAGGCACGUUGGAGCUUUCUUGCCAGAACUGAUCUCUUUUGGUGUGGGAGGACACGGGGUACCACCUACACCCAAAAAGUCAAUGAGGGACUUCUUUUUAAUUUGGUAGGAUUUGGACUGGUUUUGCAACAAUAGGUCUAUUAUUAGAGUCACCUAUGACAAAAAAACAGGGGUUACCUUGAUAAUGCCAAAGUCAGCAUUUGUCCUGGGUUCCCUUGUGUGAUCUGUUUGAACCAUGUUUUCUUUUCUUCUCCCACUUGCUCAGCAGCUUGGGCUUCCAUUGUACUUCUUUUACCAAGAUUUUAUGUGACCAUGUUGACUUCAUUCGGAUUGCCCUCUUUCAGUUUUCUUGUGAAAACACCCUUAACUUUCCCUUUACCCUUAGCUGAAAUGUUUACAUAGCUUCUGGUGAUACGUUUUCAUGACUUUAUGUCUCUGAAAAUGGUGAUGGAUGUGACACUUCAUAAAAGUGAGCUUUGAACUGUAGAUAACUCUUAAAGAAAAUGUCAUUUCAGGCAAUUAAAAUAUUUGUGCUCAACUGCUUGAACUUUAUUCGUGUAUGUUUAUUUAGUUCUGUGCAAUUUUAUCACAUGUGGAUUCAUGUGACUACCAUCACAAGAGACAGAACAGUUCUAUCACACAGAUCCCUUUUGCUGCCCUUUUACAGCCACAGCCACGUCCCUUAUCCCCUCACCCCAACCUGUGGCUACCGCUGUUCUGUCCACCAUCUCUGUAAUUUUGUCAUUUCAAGAAUGUUCUAUGAAUGGAAUCAUAUACAAUGUAAUCUUAACGAGGUUGAUUUUUCUUCAUUCAGUUAAUUCUCUUGAAACCAAGUUGCAUGUAUCAAUAGUUUGUUCCUUUUUUUCUUUUAAAAAAUGUUUUAUAUAUUUAGGGGGUAUAAGUGCAGAUUUCUUAUGUGCAUAUAUUGGAUUGUGGUAAAGUCUGGGCAGUUCUUUUUGAUUGCUGAGUAGUAUUCCAUGGUAUGGAUGUACCACAGUUUGCUUAACCAUUCACCCACUAAAGGACAGAAGAGUUGUUUUCAGUUUUUUGCCCUUACUAAUAAAGCUGCUGUGAACAUUCAUGUACAGGUUUUUAUGUGAACAUUUUCAUUUCUGGGAUAAAUGCUCAAAAGGGCAAUUGUUGGGUUGUGUGGUAAACAUUUAUUUUUGUAAGAAACUACCCUACUCUUUUUCCAGACUGGUUGUAUCUUUCACAUAUAGCCACUCAUACAAUUCAUACAGCAAUGUAUGAUUGAUUGUUUCUUCACAUCCACACCAGCAUUUGGUAUUAUUAUCUUAACCAUUCACAUAGAUGUGUAUAAUGAUGCCACAUAUGGUUUUAAUUUACAUGUUCCAAUGGCCAAUGAUGUCGAAUAUCUUUUCAUGUGCUCAUAUGCCAUCUAUAUAUCCCCUUCAGUGAAAUAUAUGUUCAUGUCUUUUGUUUAUUUUCUAUUUAGAUCAUUUGUUCUUUUUACUAUUGAGUUUUGAGUUUUUUAUAUAUCCUAGCUAAAACUCCUCUGUUAGAUAUGUAGUUGCUUGAAUUUUUAACAUAACUUCUACCAAGGAAAAAUAAGUAAAAUUUCCAACUCUUUUUGCAUGGCCACUUACUUAAUUCUGUGUUCCACCUAGAGAAUUAAGAGAUAUGAUGUAUAAAAUAGACAUCUAGGAGGGCCAUUAAGAGAAUAAAUACUUACAAAUACAUGUUAUGAAAGCAAAGCCAAUAAUCACUGUAGGAGUGAGUAUGAGGUACCUAAAGGGCCAAAACUCAUGUAAAUAAGAGAAAAUGCAGAUAUAAAUAUUUAUAAAGUUAUGAAAAAUGCUAUCACUUGAAAUCUUUCCCACAUCUCCCAGCGAAGUAGGUUGGAGUUUAUCCUUUCUAUAAUCUCUUUUUAACCCUGCUAUUACAGGGCUUAUUUAAUCACAGUGGCAAGAAUUUUAUGUAUCUUGCAGUAAAGAAGCAGAAUAUUGGAAUUGAACCCUGAUGUAUUGGCCUGGAUAAAGUACAAAGGUGGAAGAGGGAGUGAGUUAUGUUGUUAAAAUCUCAGGAUAUUCUGUUAAUGUUCCAGCCACUAUGAACCCAAAGCUUUUUUUUUCCACUUUUGACUCCUUGUACUUUAUGUGGUAUUAAAGUAGUUCUGUCAUUAACUUGUACAACAUUGCCAUCUGCUGUUGAGAAUUGGUAGGUACUGCUUCUGAGAACCUGGAUGCAGUUCCUCACCACAGGGGCAGCAGAUGUUAAAAAAAGUCUGUUUGUACUAUUACAUAUACUAAGUUACAGAGGAUGCAUCCAAAUAGAGAAUAAUAAGUGGGCUAAGAUCCAUUCUCAAACUUUUUUCUUGAGACAGAGUCUUGCUGCAACGCCCAGGCUGGAGUGCAAUAGAAUGAUCUCGGUCCACUGCAACCUCCACCACCUGCGUUUAAGCGAUUCUCCUGCCUCAGCUUCCCAAGUAGCUGGGACUAUAGGCGCAUGCCACCACACCUGGCUAAUUUUUGUAUUUUUAGUAGAGACAGGGUUUCACCUCAAGUGAUCCGCCCGCCUCUGGCUCCCAAAGUGCUGGGAUUACAGGCGCAAGCUACCACGCCCAGCCGCCAUCCUUAAACUUUUAAAUGUGAAAUUCUAUCAUGUACCAUUAGCCUAACAAGAUUUUCUUUCAUAUUUCUGACUGGUACCUUUCCCCUUUUUAGGAGCAAUGAAAGCUACUGUUAGUUAUGUUCUUCAGAUGUGACAAAAUGUCAAAGAAAAAGAUAGGAAAAGAGAAUAUUUUAUUUUGUUGAUGCUUUUGUUCCCAAGUGUGACCCUAAACUUAACCUUUGUAGGAACUAACAUUCUUUCAUGUCCCCUCCCUUUACUCAUGCCAAAACUAUCAACUGGGACAUUUUGUGCUUUUGUUUUAAAAGUUAAUUGAUAUUAUACUUUGGUUUUAUCCAAAAAGGAAAAGUAUUGCCUUUGACAAAAAACUGAUAUAAGAGCAAAUAAGCUUUAAAAACGGGUGUUAUCUGCUUUCCUCCGUUUUUGAGCAUAUUAACCAAAAUGGUCUGUAUAAUAUAAAUGAGGACACAGUUUAAGUGAGCUUUGUUAUACCAUUGUCAUGGACCCCUGUCAUAAAGCCAUUUUUUUGAUUUGUUUGGGAAAGAGUCAUGUGGGAUUUAUACAGAUUCACUUGUAAAUGUUGGAUUGGGGGGUUUUGUGUAAAUUUUCACAAAUAAAGGCUAGCAGAAACCA